GGGCCGGCCGGCUGGAUUCCUGCCCACACUCGGCAUGGCGGCCAAGGGGGCCCGGCAGCGGCCUCGAGGGGGCGGCGGCGACGCUGCGGCAGCCCCCCGGCAGCGAGAGGAGGCGCCCCCGCCGGCCGCCGAGGAGGCCAAAGCCGAGGCGUCUGGGAGCAAAGCAGGACAUGUCUGGGCCCCCGAAGGAUCUACAGCUUUCAAGUGUCUGAUCUCGGCCAGGUUCUGUGCUGCCUUGCUGAGUAACAUCUCGGACUGUGAUGAGACGUUUAACUACUGGGAACCUACACACUACCUCGUCUACGGCAAAGGCUUCCAGACGUGGGAAUAUUCUCCUGUCUACGCCAUCCGCUCCUAUGCUUACCUGUGGCUGCACGCUCUGCCAGCCUUCUUCCAUGCCAGAGUUCUGCAAACAAACAAGGUCCUCAUCUUCUAUUUUGUCCGCUGCCUCUUGGCCUUCCUGAGUUGUGUUUGUGAACUUUACUUUUAUAAGACGGUGUGCAAGAAAUUUGGGCUGCACGUGAGCCGCCUCAUGUUGGCUUUCUUGGUCCUCAGCACUGGGAUGUUCUGCUCAGCAGCCGCUUUUCUCCCCAGCAGCUUCUGCAUGUACAGCACGGUAGUAGCAAUGACUGGGUGGUACAUGGAUAAGGUCUCUCUGGCGGUGAUGGGAGUGGCUGCUGGAGCUGUCGUUGGCUGGCCCUUCAGCGCAGCACUUGGGCUUCCAAUUGCCUUUGACUUCCUGGUACUCAAAAGAAGAUGGAGAAGCUUUCUGAAGUGGUGUCUUGUGGCAUUGCUGGUAUUCCUGGUACCCCUGGUGGCAGUCGACAGUUAUCACUAUGGGAAGCUGGUGAUUGCUCCUCUCAACAUUGUCUUGUAUAACGUCUUCACGCCACAUGGGCCAGAUCUUUAUGGCACGGAGCCCUGGUCUUUCUACUUUACAAACGGCUUCUUGAACUUCAACGUGGCCUUUGUGUUGGCUCUCCUGGCCCUGCCCUUGACCUCGCUUAUGGAAAGUCUGCUGCAGAAAUUUCAUGUUCAGAACCUGGGCCGCCCUUACUGGCUGACGCUUUCUCCUAUGUACAUCUGGAUCCUGAUUUUCUUCAGUCAGCCCCACAAAGAAGAGAGGUUCCUGUAUCCUAUCUAUCCCCUUAUUUGUCUCUGUGGAGCUGUGGGACUCUCUGCCCUCCAGAAGUGUUACCACUUUAUAUUCCAACGCUACCGCCUGGAGCACUACACAGUCUCUUCAAACUGGCUGGCACUGGGGACCGUCUUUGUCUUUGGGCUGCUGUCCCUGUCCCGCUCUGUGGCUUUAUUCAGAGGUUACCAUGGUCCUCUUGACCUGUACCCAGAAUUCCACAGAAUUGCUACCGAUCCAACAAUCCACACAGUGCCGGAGGGGAGGCCAGUUCAUGUCUGUGUAGGAAAAGAAUGGUAUCGGUUUCCUAGCAGUUUCCUUCUGCCAGAGAACUGGCAGCUUCAGUUCAUUCCGUCAGAAUUCAGGGGCCAGUUGCCAAAGCUGUUCGCCAAAGGACCGAUGGCCACCCGCAUCAUUCCAACAGAUAUGAAUGACCAAAACCGGGAAGAGCCCUCCCGAUACUUUGACAUUUCCAAAUGCCAUUACCUGGUGGAUUUAGACACAGCAGUGGAAACACCCAGAGAGCCAAGAUACGCUGCUAACAAGGACGAAUGGAUCAGUAUUGCUUACAAGCCUUUCCUAGAUAGUUCAAGGUCUUCAAAGUUGUUUCGGGCUUUCUACAUCCCCUUCCUCUCAGACCAGCAUACGACAUAUGUGAACUACACCAUCUUGAAGCCCCGGCGAGCUAAACAAGUCAGGAAGAAGAUGGGAGGCUAGCAUUUCCUUGGGCCCCAAGAGAACCAGCCUGGAGGGUUGGCUUUCCGCUUCCUCAGUUCCACCGAACCACCCCCAAGUUUGUAAGCAGAGGGUGGCAGCGAUGCUGGGAACAGUCCUGGUGAAGGUUUCCUCUUCGGCUGUUUCUUCUGCAAGAUGCUAAAGGUGGCUACAUAAUCUGCCUGUGGCUGGGGUUCCCUGCUUGGCUUCCUGGAACACGAGCAAGGCUGUUGCCCUGCUGCUCUCUCACUGAAGAGGGGGAAGGAGCAGACGCCUGGGAAAUUUCCCAGAUGCCGCCCAGGGGCAAGAGAGUGUCGCCUGUCUUUCAGCUGUUCCCCUUCUCUGCAGAACGUCGGACUUGCUCUCGGAGGCGUUCACAUUUCUUCCUGGCUGGGCCUUCAGAAGAGAGACCGUAGUGAUGCCCGCAGAAAUACAAAAACUCCCUUGGGCCUACAGACAAAACUGGUCCCAAAAUGGACCCGGGAGGAGAAGGGCCUUGCACUUUCAGAAACUGAUGUUGUUAGUUGCAUAAUGUAGCAGAACAUGACUUUUGUGUAAGUGAAGUUCCUUUCUGUUGUCUUUGUCAGCGCCCGCCACAACUGGUUUUUAGAAGUCUCAUUUAAAUUCUUCAGGAAAGGUCUGAGCUUUGUAAACGCAAAAUGUUACAAAGAUGUGAGAAAAACAAGAGUCCUCCUCCGUCUUAUUUCAGGCUGUGCUGUGUGAUGAAGCUGUCUCUAGUGUUCAUUAAAAAUUAGGC